AUGUUCGAACAAGUCCCCAGCAAAAAGCCAUAUUCCAACGAUCCAACUGGACAUCGCCAGAUUCAUGACUACGACCACAUGCUCCAGCUCUUGAACCAUCUGAUGACCACCGCGCCCUCAUGGAGUGACCAAUCGCAGAGAGUGGGCCUGGUUGGUCUUCCAAUCAACGCGGUCCUCGACUGGCCUAUGGGAACACCAAGCGGCUUCGCUGCGUUUCUCGAUCCGGACGUCAACAAGAUGCUCAAGAAAGUACUCAAUGCCUGGGGCGAAUACCUCACUUCACCAGAGUCGGCGUCUGUCCUUGACGACUCAUCGAGCGGAUGGUUCGGUGAGACAGGCGCCAAGGACUUGACGGCUGUUGCGAAUGUUGGGUCGACCUCUUACAGGUUUGAAGAAAUGUUCCACUGCGAUCCUUCCGCCAAACAUUACGGCUACAAAUCCUGGGACGACUUCUUCACCCGUCUCUUCCGCGAGGACGUUCGCCCAGUGGCCUCGCCCGACGAUGACAACGUGAUAGCCAACGCCUGUGAAUCCAAACCCUACAACACCGCCACCGACGUUAAAUUUCGCGACAAGUUUUGGAUCAAGGGCCAGCCAUACUCCAUCCUUGACAUGCUCGCGCAGGACGAUCUUGCAGAGCAGUUUGUCGGCGGUACCGUGUACCAAGCCUUCCUCAGCGCGUUGAGCUACCACCGCUGGCAUGCCCCCGUUAGCGGCAAGGUCGUCAAAGCAUACGUGGUAGAUGGGACGUACUAUUCCGAGCCCCUGUUCGAAGGAAUUGGAGACCCGGCCACUCGUGGAAUCGAUGAGUCGGGCGAAGUUACCGGACAGGGGUACAUCACUGCAACGGCCACGCGCGCUAUCAUCUUCUUCGAAGCCGAUAAUCCCGCCAUUGGGCUUAUGGCGUUUCUGGGUAUCGGCAUGGCUGAGGUGUCAACGUGCCAUAUCACUGUUGAAGUUGGGCAGCAUGUGAAGAAGGGUGAUCAGAUUGGGAUGUUCCAUUUUGGCGGCUCAACGCAUUGUCUGAUGUUCAGGAAGGGCGUUAACGUGCACGGCUUUCCGUCACCGGAAAGGGAGGAGAACAUGCCUGUGAGAAGCAAGCUUGCUGUCGUUAACACGUAG